AUGGCCCUGCACCUCACCGCUGCUAUCCAACUCCUGGCGCUGGUGCCCAUAUGUGACCAGGUUACAGCUGAUCGCAUCAACUUCUACAACGUCAAACCACCUGUGGAAGCCACUCCAUUCCCUAAGAGCUUCAAGUGCUUCACCUGCGAGCAAGCUGCAGACAACUACAACUGUAACCGCUGGGCUGAGGACAAGUGGUGUCCACAGAAUACACAGUUCUGUAUGACAGUGCACCACUUCACCAGUCAUGGCAAGACCAAGUUUGUGACCAAAAAGUGUGCUGCCAGAGAGGUGUGUCACGCUUCAGGCUGUAGACAUCACAGGGACAUGGGUCACACAGAGUGUGUGUCGUGCUGUGAGGGUAUGAUCUGCAACGUGGAGGUCCCCACCAACCACACCAAUGCUGUGUUUGCCAUGAGGCAGCAGGCCUACAGCUCAGCCCCACCCCAGGCCCCUGUGAGGACAGCGUGGGGCUGCUACUGGAUGACAUUACUCACCACCCUGGGCCUGGGGUUGACCAGACUGGCCCUACUGUGACACUGCUGUCCCUCAGAGCAUGUCCCUAUAGAGGGGACCAGACUAUACCAGACCAGCAUGUUCCUCUGAACAUGGAGGAUGUGUGUUGUUACAAGUGUGGUGGUAAUCUGUGUUAAAGAUGUCACAUAGAUCAAUCGAACAAUCACGAAGGACUACAGCAGUGUCCUAAUGAAUGAUGCUUGGUUUGAUAACAUUGGUUGCAUCUACAUAAGCCAAUGGGACUGGAGAAAGCAUCCAUGGAAUCAAUAGAAUUGGACAAAGACCAAUGGUCAGUGGAUCUAUAGAAUUGGAUGUAGCUUGCUGGCUAGUGGAGUUGGCAAGCAGAGGAGUUAGCCGGAAGGGUUCAAGGAGGAUCAUGCCCAUCAUAAGUCUAAUAUCCAUUGCUGAUUCAAAGAUGGAUGCCCAGUGACCGAUCCUUCAAUCAGCCCUGGCCAGAGCCCCAAACUACUAUACGGAGCAUGCCGAAUGAGAGGCUGGAACCGGGAGACUUUAAAUGUUCCACAGAACAUUCCCUAGGAUUAUUCAUGGUCCUGGGAAUGUUAAUCGUGUGUUUUCUGUGGGAUUCUGCAGCACUGCAGUGCACACAUGGACCAGGAAUGACUGGACACAUAGGCAUGCCCCAUGCCCAUUGGAUCAGGGAGAACUUUGGGAGACGAUGAUAGACAUGGAAUCUGGCGUAAAUGUAUUAGUACUUGAUCCAUAGUAUGGCACA